CCGACACAGUGAGGCUUCUGCUCUCAGCCUCUCGUCAGGGAAACAUAAUACUUUAUCAACCCGAAUGUGACUUAUUCCAAUGACAUUUAGGCUAGCAGUACAGAACUGGAGAUACCGUGUGGAAACAUAGUCUCAACAUGGGCGCGCGCACGCUGCCGGAUCUUGUCGGUGACUUUCAAUGAAGAAUGUUUUAUUUUUCGUAUCUUCGCUGUAAUUGGACAUCGACCAUGAAUUAUGUUUGUGAAAACAGUUGCCUGUAAUGUGUCUUGAACUUUCAGGAAUAAUUGCUUGACGGAUUCGUUUGACAUGGACUCAGUGGAUAAAUAAAUCAUAAUAGCCUAUUCUGUCGAUACCAAAAGGUAAUAGUUUGUCCCGUCACUCAGUUUAUUUACUGUCAUUUUUGCUGAAAGUACCAAAUGGACCGAGCAUCUUCACACUAUAAAAUACACGCACAUAGGAAUUAAUGAAGAACUUAUCGUUUGGGAUAAAAAUCAAACAGGGUUUGGAAAUCUCACAAUGAGGCUGAAAUCAUCGAGGUUAGGUUACCUAUUCCUUCAAUUCACGACUCUGUGUUUUUACACGCAGAUGACGAUGCAGUCCAUCUCCGUACCCAAUUUUAAGCACCACGUAACGGAGCAGAGUCGUCUAUCCGACAGGAUGAGUCGGAGAUUAACAAGGACUUAUCAGCUCUAUAGCCGGACCAGCGGAAAACAUGUACAAGUCCUGGGCAAUAAGAGGGUCAAUGCCAAUGGCGAGGAUGGAGAUAUUCAUGCUAAACUUGUUGUGGAAACCGACACGUUUGGAAGCCGGGUUCGAAUCCGAGGAGCAAAAACAGGAUACUACAUAUGCAUGAACAAGAGAGGCAAGCUUAUUGGACGGAGGAAGGGCCGUGGCAGGGACUGCAUAUUCACUGAGAUCGUUCUGGAAAAUAACUACACGGCUUUGCAGAAUGCUAAGUACAAAGGCUGGUACAUGGCCUUUACACGCAAGGGCCGACCCAGGAAAGCCAUGCAGACCCAGCAGCACCAGCGAGAGGCUCAUUUCAUGAAACGUCUUCCUCGAGGACACCUGUUAACAGAAAGGAAGCCUUUUGAUUUAAUCCCAUAUCCCAUAAACAAGAGGACUAAGCACCAUCAACGCACAAGUGCAAAUUGAGAAAAGGGCAGUAUCAUAUCUUAUACUGGAGUGCUAUCUUAAUUUGAGUUAACCUAAUCUAUGUGCAUCCAUAGUUCUGGACAUCAUGGCAAACUGAGGCUGUGUAAAAUAAAAAGAAAAAAGGAGGCUGUACUGAUGGAUGACUGUGCUACAAACAGUUUUUUUUUCUGGGACAAUUACUGAACUGUUGACUGAACAGAGGACACCAUAAGCCUUGCAAUAAUGAGCAACACAUCUCUGGGAAUACAACAAGACAACAGAACACAUGACGCGCAAACACUCUCAUCUCUCAAAAAUGUGCACAAAUUUGACCUUUUGGGAUAACACAUAGCUUGCCACAGGGUCAGUACUUUUUAAGGGGUCCUAUUAUGCAAUUUAACUUUUUCAACUAUAGUUAGUUUGUAAUGUGCAUAAAGAAAGCAUAAAAAAAUAUCUGCGAGGUUACAAAGUUUAAAGAUAUUUUAUUUAAAAGAAUCCACUUUCCAAGAACUACAGCAAACGACUCGUUUGGACAACAAUGCUUUUUAUUCCGGGCUUUGUUAACUCAUAAUGUUACUCAGUUUCAUAAUAUCUGCCCACAGAAAACGCAAAUAAGGGGACUAGGCCUGGAUGAGCUGCAUUAGAGAAGACAAUGUUGUCACUAUGGCAAAGAGACACUGUUUUGUCCCCCAUUUUCCAGAGCUAUGUCCUGUUAUGUUUUCUAUUAACAGUUCCAAUUAUACGUUAUAUGUAGUUUCUACAAUGUAAAGAAAAGGGCAAAGCUUUGCCUCCACUAUUCUCAGAACACCACACAGUUGUAGGUUUGAGAUGAUAUUCACUAAUGAUCGCGCGUGUGAGGUCGACAGUCGACUACUGUGAGCUUCGACCGAAAACAGGAAGCAAAUAGCAAUAUUAUGAAGCUGCAGACUCGGAGCCUGCAUCUACAGUCCCCCACCGAGAGUCCCGCAUUCUCAGACCCUUCGUUUUUCGAACACAGCGCCUCCUGCUGUUCAAAAGAUCCCGCACACAGAGUACAGCACACGAUUAUCCAAAUGCAAUAAAAAACAAUAGGAUGCAAUAUUACGUUCUCCAAAUAAAUUAUCCAAUAAAUAUUUGCGU